AUGGUGAGGGAAGCUGCCAAAACCUUGGUCAGGCAACGCCGUUUGUCACCACGAAUUGUUUCAAUCCAUGCCAUAUUUGGGUGUACAGCUCAAAUUCGAUUUCAUUUCCACAAGAUUGAAACUGGGUUUCAGCUUUAUCUUCUCCAACCAAGGGAUACCUUUAUCCAACCAUAUUAUCCCCUCGAAUGCCCAGUUUAUAGGCCUACGACUAAUCGAAACUGGAGUGCCACCAAUAUUACUUCUACAAGGACUCCUCUAACCCACAUUGCAAACUCUGUCAAUGGAUUUGGAGCAUGUGUGUUCCAUACUCCCGGGUCUUCAUCUGUUACUCCUGGAAGAAGGCCUUUGUCCAAUAUCUCCAAUAUUUCAAAUCGUAGCCCAGUUUUCUUCAAUACUCCCGGCUCUUCAUCUGCAGUCCAAGGAAGGAAUAGUCCUAUUUAUUCUCCAACAAUAAAAGCCCAAUAUUCAAAAUCUCCCUUGAACCAAAUCAGAUCAGAUAAUACAGUUGAUCCACCAUUGUCAUCCAAUAUUGUAAGCUUUGUUGUUGGAGAUUCUCAUGUGCCUGCUUCAUCUGUCACUGGAUCUCCUUCCACCAUUCCCUCCAACAAAACAUGGCUCAAAAGAUCAACUACUAACGUCGGACAAGCAGAAUCAGUAGUCAACUUUAAGAACAAAAAAAGUCGAACGCUGGAUAAGGAGACUUUGUCGCAGUCCACUACAUGUUUGUUUGGACCAGACGAAGAUGUAAACAGUGCAUCUCCAGAGUUUGUCACUGAGGAUUGUGAACUAAUUUAUGAUGGUGAUUUGUUCAAUGAUUCGGAUACUGAUGUCGAAGACACAAACAUAGGAGAUGAAGAAUCUAUUGAAUCAGAUGGAGUUCCCACUGAAGAAGGUUAUUGCAGUUUGGGUCCUCCAACUGCAAUAUGUCAAAGUUGUCAUGCAAUAAUGUGGAAAGAAGAGCGUGUAAAUAAAAAUGUUGUGAGAGGAACUCCUGAAUUCUCCACAUGUUGUGGCAAGGGUCAGAUAAAACUUCCGAAAGCACCUCCCACUCCAUCAUACUUAUACCAGGUUUAUAAUGACCCAAAGAAGGCCAAGAAGUUCAGAAAAAAUAUUCGGAUGUACAACACGAUGUUUGCUUUUACCUCUAUGGGUGGGAAAGUGGACCAUUCCAUUAACAACGGCUCAUCACCUUACAUAUACCGUCUAAAUGGUCAAAACCAUCACGUCUUCGGUUCCCUUAUACCAAAUGAAGGUGAUGACCCAAAGUUCUGCCAACUUUACAUAUAUGACACUGAACAUGAAUUGGAGAAUAGACUCAAGUGGGUGAAGGUUGAUGAUGGUAAGAUUGUUGAUUCUGAAAUAGUCAAGGGUUUGCUGGACAUGCUUGAUUCGACAAAUGAGCUGGUUCCUUUCUUUCGCAUGGCACGUGACAGAUUCAAAGAUGAACCAGUGCAAGAUCUCAAAAUUGUCAUGAAAGUAUCUCGUGCAGCAAGUGGACGAGAGAAUUUUAUUGGUCCGUCAAAUGAAGUUGGUGCAAUCAUGGUGGGAGAUUUGGAAGAUACAUGUGGUGAGCGGGAUAUUAUCAUUGAAUCUAAGAGUAAUGGCCUUGAACGUAUUUCAGACAUACAUCCUAAACUCAUGGCCCUGCAGUACCCCCUUCUUUUUCCCAAUGGGGAGGAUGGAUAUCAUGAUGAUAUUCCUUAUUCGCUCACCCAAAAAAAUUCUGCAAAGAAGCGGGAAAGAGUCACCAUGAAAGAGUAUUACUCCUACAGGUUACAAGUUCGACACGAUGAAGGCAAUACUCCAAGGCUUGGUGGGAGAUUGUUCCAGCAAUAUAUAGUACUGGAUGCCUUUUCUGCCAUUGAACAAGCCCGUUUAUGGUGGUUUCGUACACACCAGACCACAUUACGGAAUGAUCUUUAUUCAAACAUCAGUAAACACGUGCGUGAUGGUGAAGAUUCUUCAAGUAAUGUUGGCAAAGGCUUUAUACUCCCUGCAAGUUUUUUAGGCUCUAAACGAUACAUGCAAGAAAAUUUUCAAGAUGCACUCGCCGUAUGCCGUUACAUUGGCCACCCCGAUAUUUUUCUUACCAUGACUACUAACCCCCUGUGGGACGAGAUAGUUCAGAUGAUGAAGCACAUGCCUGAUUGUUUGACGGUAGAUUGUCCUGACAUAAUAGCACGUGUUUUCAAGCUGAAACUUGAUCAAAUUGUAGACGAUAUUAAGAAGAAAUCAUAUUUUGGAGUAUGUGUUGCAAGUAAGUCCCACUGUACUUACUUUUUUACAUGCAUUGUUUUUUGUAAAUACUAAUACAAUAUAGAAUGUGCUGAUCUUCUAUC